UUCAUUCAAACAAGCUUUAAAUACUUGUUUAUGAACAAUGAUGCCAUUGAGCGAUAAUGAUUCGUGCUUUGGGUGAAGAUGUCCGUUCACUUCUACGAUCAGGAAUUGCCGUGUCAAGUCUAACGCAAUGCAUUGACGAGCUGGUUUUGAACAGUUUGGAUGCUAGUGCCACUUGUGUCACCGUACGUGUUAAUAUCCCAGCACUACAAGUACAAGUAUCAGACAACGGCACUGGAAUAUCWAGAGAUAGUCUGAAUGCUUUAGGCGAGCGCUAUGCGACGAGUAAAUGUCAUUUACUGACUGAUUUAAAUGAUAUCAAGUCCUAUGGUUUUCGUGGCGAGGCUCUUGCAAGCAUUCGCGACAUUGCUGGCAGUUUAGAAAUUGUAWCUCGCCACAAGGCAUCRUACAAAACCUACUGUAAAACAUUUACAAGUGACAAAGCUGUAGACAUARCAGAAUCAUGCAUUCCUCGUUCUGGUGUYGGUACAACCGUGACUGUGUACGAUCUGUUCUUUUCACUUCCGGUUAGACGUAAACUUGUAUCUGAUGUGCUUGACUUUGAACGGAUCCGUCAAAGGGUAGCUAGCAUAGCCCUUAUUAACCCUGGUGUUUCCUUCUCUUUGUUUAAUGAUGCAACUGGUCAAAAGAGUCUUCAAACGCGUAAAAGUCAGUCGAUAACCUCGACAUUUUCCCAACUGUUUGGUAACCUCAAAGCCAAAAGUUUGCAGGAGUUGARCUUGGAUUGUGGUGACUUGGCARUCUCUGGUUAUGUAGGCUUGCAGACCCAUCAUAGCAAACAUUUACAGUUCGUGUACAUUAAUGGACGUUUACUGAUGAAAACAAGAAUACACAAGCUUAUCAAUCAAUUAUUAAAUAGGUCUUCGCUGAUCAAGAAACCUUUAUUGAGCAUGAAUGAUAAUUAUGAAUCAAGCACCAGCAAGUCGCCUCCAAAACAAGGUUGUGACAAAUAUGGUAUUUAUGUACUUAAUUUAACAUGUCCURUUAUAAACUAUGAUAUAACUCUAGAACCAUCCAAAACUCUAGUGGAGUUUGAGGACUGGGACAKUGUGYUUGAGCUUGUCAAGAAKUGCAUUGAGUCAUUUCUUGUCAAAGCAAACUUGAUGCUSUCYRCAGAUACAACUGAGGAUUCARUUGAAUCWYUAGACUCCUCAAGUGACAGCCAAAUCGACCUCAGUAAUUAUGARUACCAGGCAGAAACAACUACACUUMAGCAUGACUACUCAAUCAAUCCUGAUAACAUCAAGAAAAGCUUACAGUCUUCUGUAGUCAGCAGAAGAACAAACARCAAUAAUGACAACCUUACAGAUGAAAUAGAGAUGCUGGACAAAUCACAAUUGUCACCAAUGGAAGACAACAUUUCUCCUUUAAAAAGAAAGAGAACAGRAGCUAUAUCAUCAUCACAGCAGCCAGGAAGUAAGGAAUCAUUACCAGGAAAAGUCCCCAGUAAUGCAAGUCAGCUUGAUAACUGUUUUACUUCCCCAAAUCCAAUAACAUUAAAGUUUCAAAAGCAGUCACUUUCUAGUAGCGCAAAACGAUUAUCUGGUAUUACAAAGCAUUAUAAUCAUGCCUCUUUAACACAGAUACACCCAAGGAUACAUUCACAUUCCCUAGACCUAGACAGUGAAUCAGAUUCUGAAAUCAUUGCCACAAAAGAACGUUUUCAGAUAAUUACUGAUGACAAAACCAYRRAUAAGGAAGGUGGUGAUGGUAUGCCUAAUGGUUACAGUACAAAUGAACAGUGCAUGAUGGAUAAUAAUGAUGUCAUCCUCAGUGACGAUGGAGUAGACAAARUAAUGGAAGAACACAAAGACAACAUUACAGAACAGGGAAAACUACCUGGAGUCUUACCAUAUACAUCAGACAUAGAUGAGAAAGAUGAUAUACCAUCUUCUCUAUCCUCAGACUGGCAGGUUACCUAUGAUAACAAUCUGAAAAAGAACAUAUACUACAAUGUCCGUACUGGUAAUACUGUCUUUGAGUGCCCAGCAAAUGAGCAAGCAAACCAAGACAAGUAUAAAAAAAGUAUUGUACCUUUAGUAUGUGCACCUCAUCUGUCUUUUGAWURUACUCCAUGGCUGCCACGUGAUGACAGACAAAGAAGAACAGCCAUUGUUGAAUCAUCAGGGAGUGAAAAGCAGCCCACCUCUCUCUUAUCUACCAUGCUGACAGAGUGGGAAAAUCCUGUUUUUGAGGUGGUUUCAGAAAUGGAUGUAACAAAGUUUUCUAAGCCAACAGUAGCAAAAGCUUCCCUCCACAAAGCUGUUUUGUCUUAUCGGUUUACUAAAGAAAUGGUUAAAGCUCUUCAAGUCAUCCAACAAGUCGACAAUAAGUUUAUUAUUUGCCAAGUACAAGGAGAUGUUGCUCAUGAUUCUCUGGUCGUUUUAUUGGAUCAACAUGCAGUUCACGAAAGAAUACGUCUAGAGAAGCUAACAGAAGACUUAUUCAUCACCAAGAGUCAGUCCRAUGGUCAUCUGCCUAGUAUUAAAUCCUCCGGAGUCUCCCCUCCCAUCGAGCUUGGAUUCACACCGCCCGACCUUCUGCUCAUCAAGCGUUUCCGGCGUGAACUGGGUAGAGUCGGUAUUAAGUUUGUCGUUGGGUGUUGUCCAGAGUCGAGUGAACCACGAAGCAURAUUAUACACGAGCUUCCUUGCGUGUUCGUAGAGCGAGAGGUUUCCGAGACACGACGCCRGAGACCCUCAGUAGCUGAAGCGAUUGUUAAGGAAUUAGUGGAGAGUCAUAUCGAGCAUUURAAGCAAACCAAUGGCGUUCCACCUGUCAUACCAAAGACUAUKUUACGUGUGUUAAGCUCRCAAGCUUGUCACGGUGCUAUCAAGUUUGGCGAUGGUCUUUCUAAAGAAGAAUGUGAACGACUGAUUCACCAACUGUCAUCUUGUGACUUACCAUUUCAAUGUGCUCAUGGCAGACCGUCAAUCAUUCCACUGGUUGAUUUAAAGUUGCUUGAAUCAAGAAAUCAGCAGUCAAUGGCUGAAGCUAAACUUCCAAAACUGAGUAAGCUGUCAAGUGUCMUGGGACAUUGAACUAAAAUAGAAUAUGGAAAAUACACUUUUAAAUUAUUUUUAUUGCUUUAAAUUGUUUGUACAGCAAGCUUAUGAUAUUAAAAUAACUCUGACUUUUUCUUA